UAAGCCCCUCUCCCCUCUUUCGCCGCACGGUAUCUCUUCUCCCCCGUCGUUUUCGAAGUAUUACCUUACCCGACUCCAGCCCAUCACUGUUUGUACGGCAACAUGAGCAGAGAAUACUCGCGCACCUCUCCUGUAUCAGACACUGGCUUUUAUAUCUCGCUUCUUUCCCUUUCUCCGAAUUCCCCUCCCCAAACGGAUCACCCCCCGGGCGCUUGAAACCAACAGAACCACAACAAAUAAAGCAAGAAAAACGCAUGCCUUUCUUCAGCUAGUGCUACCAAGAAAGCCAUUAGACAGAUACACAGGCGUACACAGCCUUGCGACCGACCGACAUACAGACAAGCGCAGGCUUGUUUUGUAUCUUGCUCACAUCUCCACCGCCGUGUGUCACUUCGGCAGAAUUAAACCAUAGUCUGGGAUUACACCAUCGACUCUGAGUACUGUUGGUUCCUACUCGGAUCUACCGCCACACUUCGUAUCGCCACGCGUUCUCGAUUCAGAAUGCAAGAGACAACGAAUCAAGCCAAGCCGACGCCCACGCGCCGUCGUCAGGGUCGGGGCGCUGGCGGUAAGGCUACCGGCCAGAAGAUGUACGCAUCCGAAAAUGACGUGGCCAGCGUCUCCAACCUCGCCCACGAGCAAAACAGCCAUCCUCAUACCCCUCAAAAGUCGUACUCUGGCUCUCCCGAGCCGCAGUCCGGUACUGGUAACCAGACUGGCUCCAAGCAACGCUCGCGUAACAAACCCCGAACCAGGAAUACCAAUCCCAACACAGUAGCCUCACCCGAAGUCACUCGCCAGAACCGCCACUCGACCCCUCAGAACAUCCCGGUCAAUGCUAAGCCAACAGCAGCCGCUGCCUUUGCCGGCGCAACAUUUCAUGCGUCGCCUGCUCCGUCGGCUCUACCAAUGCCCAGCUUCUACUCGAAAUCGAUUCCUGAAUCUCCGGGUCCGAGGCAGGACGCCCAGCAACAGACGUCCCCUCCCCCCACCGAUCGGGAGCGCCCUACACCGCAGCAUCCGGCGACCGCACCUAGGGCCCGCGAGUCGCCCCUUGACGCUAUUUUCAGGGCAGACAGAGCUGAGAGGGAAAAGGCCCGGCGGUCCAGUUCUCUCCAGUCAUCCGCUCAGCCAGACGGUUCCGAAUCCCCUGGCGUUCCUUCGCCAAGGGACAGUCACAAUAGCCCUUUCGUCCCCAAGCCUUUCAACACUCACCCUGGGCACCGCAUGCCCAUUCAGCGGUCGUCUAGCGGUAUCUCGACAGCGGAGCUCGACGGAUAUUCCGGAAAGUCUCUUGGCCCUGCCUUCUCGACACCAUACCAAGAUCGCAUCCGCGCUGCUCGCGGCACUCACAGCCAGUCGCCAAACGGGCCCAGAGAUCUACAAACCCUACCCGUAGAAGACCGUUCUGAGGCCUUGAAGAAAUAUCUAUUUGGAGCUAAAGGUCCAGCGCCGUCCCCUCAACCGUCAGCUCCAGGUCCCCCGGCUCAGUAUGUCCACAACGGCUUCAUGGGAAACAACCCUGAACCCCAAGGUGGUCACUCUGCCGACUUGCGCGCGAUGGAGGACAAUUUGCGCCGUAUUCUCAAACUCGAAUCUCCAAUGGCAACCGCUAACUCGGGAGAUCGCCCUCUGUACUCCUGAUCGGCCGGUGUGCGUGUAUUGCGACAAACCAAAAUCCAGUCGUGCUGUUGAUCUUCUCAGCAAGACACUGGCUUGGUUGAAGUCGAUGGCAUGGAAUAGGAGUUUAUAAGUUUGCUAUCUGAUGAUUGUUUUGUACUGCCUUGCUGGGUGUCUAAAAGGUUGUGUUCAGCAGCGGGCGGCCGAUUGUCUUAGUUGCCGACCUGAGAUUCAACUUGAUACCCGAAAGCGACAUUGAUGUUUUCUUCAGUUAGGACAAUUUCAAAUUCCUUUUCCAUAUGGUGUUGUUUUGCUGUUGUCACCAGUCUCGGCCUUUCGGCCGGCUGCUAGAUCCCAAUCCUACAAAUUGCGCGGGAUGUUUUCCGCUAUGCCACAUCAUAUACUGCGGGACAU